AUGGGACCCCACCAUCACCUUAUUCUUAAACUGAAAAAAGAAAGAAAAUAUUUGGGAAACCGCGGUGAGCUUUGCUCAGCUCGACACGACACCGUUUCGCAGUCAAUUAAAUUAGCCAAUUACAAUAAGUUUGUGGAUUGUAACAACAAAACAAAAGAAUCGCAAGAAAGUAAGAGAGAAAGGGAACGAAGAGGACGGCAACACAAAAAUUAGACACAACAAACACAUACACACACACACACACACACACUAUGUGAGUUUUUAUUUCUACGAUCGAUUGGGGUUUUUCCUCUUUCUCUCUCUCUCAGUAUCACUCCCAUUUUAUUGAUCACUCAUAAAACAGUUAUUAUUAUAAUUAUAUUUAUUAUAAUUUUUUCUUUUUUUAAUAUUCAAUCUAUAGUUCAAGGAGGGGGAGACGAUGAUAAUGUUUUGUGCCUCUUAAAAAUAAAUGACUGUAAUCGAAACCCCUUUCCUUCAUCAUCAACAACAAAAUCGUCAUUCGUCGAAACGGAAAUUUGACGAUGACGACGAAAACAACAACAACAACGUUUCAGAUGACUUAGUGUCUGUGAGAAUGAGGAAAGACGAGACGAAAACAGUUAAUUCGUGGAGCGGCGGCGGCGGCGGUGGUGGUGGUGACGGUGGUGGUUUGUUGAAACGAAGUCCUAUUCAGUUUUUCAUUCGUAUGAUGUCAGAAGGUAAUAAUAUUGUGAUGCAUGCUUAUCCAGAAGAAAACGUGAAAUCAAUUCAUGAACGAAUUCAAUACAUGAAAGGAAUUCCUCUUUUCGAACAAAGGUUAAUUUACCGCGGUAAACAGCUUCAGUGGGAACAAACUCUCGCUGAGUGUUGUUUACAGAACGACGCGAUUCUUGAACUUGUUGGUCGUAUGCGUAGCACUGAACAUCCUCAAGCUUGGCAAGUUGUAAAUGAUAUGGUUUCUUUAGUUUACCGUCUUUGUUGUGGUGAAAAUGUUCAUGUUCCUGAUAAAAUUGUCAAGGGUCUUAUUACUACUUACAUUAAUCUUGCUUUGACACCUAAACCUAAACUUGAUGCUGAUUCUGCCAAUGGUUAUUUUGAGAUUUUCACUUCUUCAUCAGCUCCUUCUGUUCUUGUUACUCUUUAUGUUUCACCUUACCCGGGUAAUAAGUUGUGUGCUGAUUCUUGUAUUAGGCAUUUUUUGAAUUUAUGUCGCAGUACUUUGUCUAAGACUUUUCAUACACAAGCUGCGCGUGUUGCUUUGGAGAUUUGUAAAUUGCUUAGGAGAGUUGGGUCUCAUGAUCCUUUAUAUCUCUAUUGUCGUAGUAGCUUAGGGGUAUUGUUGGAAGCUGCUGAAAUUUCUUGUGCUUCUUCUGAGGCUGAGAAUGUUAGAGGAUUGAUAUUAGUUCAAGAUAUUUUCCCCUUUGUUCGCGAGCUUGCGGAUACAUUGUUGAUGAAUUUGGAUUUGAGUAUUGAUUCACCUUCACUUGCUUGUCCUUUGUUGAGCAAUGUUGGGGAUUUUACUUCGUUUUUAAUACCUUUGAGGACUGGAAUCAAGGAGCAGCGUAGGCUUCGCAAUGGUUCUGUACCUUACCACCUGCACUACAGGAACAGUUUGCUCAUUGAAGAGAUUGAGUACCUUCAUCUUUUGUACAAUCAGAUGUUGUGCAAAGUUGAUACGUGCCUUCAGAAAAUGGAGCAGAGAUUCAUUAGAAAGGAAAUGGUGCAGGAGGAGAAUUAUUUUUACCCUGCUUGCUCUCUUUAUCUUUCCAUUUUGAAGGAGUUGAAUCAAAUUGCUAAGCUUUAUGAUGGUGCUCAAGAAAAACUCAGGAGUGUUUUGGUCAGGCAAAAGAAUGUGCUGCGUAUGCUGCUUGUUAAGUAUGCAAAGAGGACCGACGAGCAUCAGUGGAUUCUCGAGCACAAGAAUGUCACUGAUUUUGAGACUAGGAGGCAUUUGGCCAUGAUGAUGUUCCCGGAGGUAAAAGAAGAUUAUGAGGAGCUGCAUGAGAUGCUCAUUGACAGGUCUCACUUAUUAACUGAAUCUUUUGAAUAUAUUGCACGUGCUGAGGCCGAAUCACUGCAGUCUGGUCUGUUUAUGGAAUUCAAAAAUGAGGAAGCCACUGGCCCCGGUGUGCUGAGGGAGUGGUUCCUCUUGGUUUGUCAAGCAAUAUUCAAUCAGGAAAAUGCUCUUUUUGUUGCUUGCCCAAAUGAUCGAACGAGGUUUCUCCCCAAUUCUGCUUCCAAGGUCCAUCCUCUGCAUCUUGAGUACUUCAGCUUCUGUGGCCGAGUUAUUGCAUUAGCUUUGAUGCAUAGGGUGCAAGUAGGGAUUGUUUUUGAUCGCGUGUUUUUCUUGCAAUUGGCUGGAAAGUCUGUUACUUUAGAAGAUAUAAAGGAUGCAGAUCCUGACCUAUAUAAAAGCUGCAAGCAAAUACUGGACAUGGAUUCUGAUUUCAUUGAUUCGGAUGCAUUAGGACUGACAUUUGUUAGAGAAGUGGAGGAAUUAGGACACAGGAAAGCGGUUGAGCUCUGCCCUGGUGGAAAAAACAUUGCAGUUAAUAGUAAGAACAGGGUGAAGUAUGUUUAUCUUCUUAUACAGGACCGUUUUGUAAACUCAGUAUCCGAGCAGGUCUCUCACUUUGCCAAAGGUUUUGCUGAUAUUCUAUCAAAUUCAAAGCUCCAGCAGUUCUUUUUUAAAGGUUUAGAGCCUGAAGAUCUUGAUCGGAUGCUGCGUGGGAGCGAAUAUGCCAUUUCUGUCGAAGAUUGGAAAGCACACACCGAAUAUAAUGGCUAUAAAGAGACAGAUAUUCAGAUAUCUUGGUUUUGGGAGAUAGUGGGGAGGAUGACAGCUGAAGAAAAGAAGGUUCUUCUUUUCUUUUGGACGUCUGUGAAGUAUUUACCAGUUGAAGGCUUCCGUGGUUUGGCUUCUCGUCUCUACAUUUGCAAGUCUCAUGAACCUGGUGAUCUCCUUCCUUCAUCUCAUACAUGCUUUUACCGACUGUGUUUCCCGGCUUAUUCAUCUAUGCCUGUCAUGCAAGCCCGCCUUAAAGUCAUUACUCAAGAACAUAUUUGCUGUAGUUUCGGUACUUGGUGAACAUACCUACCAUCUGGAUAUAAAUUUAUGGGUACUUGGUGAAACUGGUUUUGACUGCACAUAGAAUUAUGGUUAUGCAGCUUUGUACAGAUUAUAGACGCAUCCCAUUCCAUCUGUUCUCAAAUUGGAUACUGUGAGAAAGUUGUCAAGUAAUGUUUUGGAAAGUCGUCAAGGGUUGUAACUUGUAAUAUCAUUGAUCUUGGCCAAAUGUUUAUAUGGAUAAAAUAUCAAUAAAAUAGGAUUGAAAGGAAAGAAAUUUUGAUCUCUGUGGUAUUCUAGUUAAUAGCUGCUGGUUCGUCAUGGAGACUAUGCCAAAACAGUUUAGUUUGAGUAAGUGUUAAGCAAAACACUUUUUCAAACACAUUUUGUCACAUUGGUUGAAACUCAUAUGUCGUACAAUUUUUGGUGGACCUAUAUGAAUUUCAUAUUUCAACCAAUAAGUAGUAUUUUAGAGAUUAUGUUAAUAUUUCUCAUUGAGUUUUGACUUGAGACAUUCUUGCUCAUACAGUAACUUUACUCCCUAAUCCCUAUAAUCAAUUACAUAUUACAAUUUUAACAUCCCACCAAUUAUCAUUCUUGAGUUUGCCCUUUGGCCCUUCUCUUUGAAAAGAGAGAAACAAAAUUCAAGCCAACUUCUUCCUUUAAAAUUGUAUUUUUUUGUGUCAUUUUGUUAUCAGUUGUAAUUGUUUAGCUGUAAUAGUAAUAGAUAUUGAGGAUUUGUUUUCA